GUGUUCACUGGGCUUCUUGUUCUACAGAGGUUGACAGAAGCUGCAGUUUACAGGGGGCAUUCCCCCCUCCCCUUCCUGUUGUUUGCUUAUGGAAAAUAAGUGGGAGUGACAAAAGAAAGAAAAAAGGAGGAGAAGAAGAGGGAAACACAGGGAGGCACCACAGGCCAGAGUGCAGAAAGAGUCACCUUGCCUUCUAUGAUCAUUAACCUUGCUAGAAAGAGGCAGCUGGCAGCUCUCCGCUGAAGCUUGUCUUUAGAAUGUGAGCUGAGCCAGAGACACUGCAGACACAUUUCCGGAAGGGUGUCUUGUUUGCUGCAAGUGUUAUAAAUAUUGGAUCCACACAGAGAGGGUGCCUGCCUGCAACAUGAGAUUCCAACAGCUCCUUCUGACCUGGUUCCUGCUCCUGGCUGGAGCUCUCCUGAUUGAUGGACAGAGGCCAGCUAACCUGGCUUCAAGGCGAAAACUGCACAGACACCACUGUUCCCAUAGGAGAUGUAUGCCUCUUCAUUCCCGUGUGCCAUUCCCUUGAGAUGCCGGAAAGAAGAAUGCAAUGAAGUCGAAAUAACAACAUUUGAAAUAGGGACGCUAUUGAAAUCUGCACAGAUAUCCCAUGAACUAUCAUCCGAAAACAUUCCAAACCCUUAUUAACAGCCUGCUGGAUCAAACUGCCAGAGUUUUGGACUUCUCUAAGUUGGGAGAAAACAACAAGAACUGACAUGAUCCUGUUUGGGAACUCUGGAGAAGUAUCCAUGCAAUAUGAUAAGCUAUUUUCUGCACAGCAACACAGCCCCGAUAUACCCCCAAAUUGCAAAUUUUACAUACAGUAUUUGAACCAUCACCAUGUCAUUAAAGAACCAAUAAUGUGUCAUAAGUGUUUAUUAACAAUUGUUUUAACACCCAGCUAAAAAGUGAGAGUAAAGCAAUUGUUCCAUAAACAAUAUGUUCGCACAAUAUUCAUAUUGGAUGUUGAUCGCUACAGUUAUUCAAUGUUUCCAGAGUUUCCAGAGAUGUUUCAAGAGUAGGAUGGUUUCUGUUGACAUCCCUAGAUGCACACUUGCUAUCUAUGAGAAAAUUCACUGACAUUAACAAACCUUAACUGAAAGGUCUUAUGAGCAAGUUUGAGAUUUACUUUGGAGUUCCACUCAUUCCAAAUACAUUUCUGAUGAGAUUUUGCAGGAAGAGAGUCUUAACAGAUCAACUUAGUCUCUUCCUUAAAAAGUAUUAAGGUUGCAUUUGUACUGAUUUUAACACAUGUAUAGCCCUUCUAGAGCAGAUUGUUUAGCUUCAGUUCUUCCUUAAACCUUGUUUGUAACUGUAUAUGUUGUUAAAACUGUACCUUCAAAACAGCAUUGUCGUAUUAAAUCUUUGUACAUUUUA